AUGGCCCAGAGCAGCGUCCCGAGCACGGCCCAGCUGGUCGCUGAGACCCGGCAGCGGUUCGAGGCGGAGUUCGUGACGGGCCGGCCCGAGCAGUACGACUCGCGCGACAUGGAGCGGCUGCGGCGCGACGACGGCUGGGUGGAGCGGUACCUGGCGUGGCGCCACCGCGCCGUGGGAGAGACGCUGAAGGCCAUCGACGAGAGCUUCCGGUGGCGGCGGGCCAUGCGCGUGCGCGACCUGGACGAGUCGAGCAUCCCGCGGCGGCUGCUGGAGGCGGGCAGCGUCUACCUGCACGGCUACGACCGCGAGGGCAACCGGCUGCUGUGGAUCCGCGCGCGGCUGCACGUCCGAGACCCGCGCAGCCUGGCCGACCAGCAGCGCCUGGUGGCGCUCUGGCUGGAGCGACACGCGCGCGCUGGCGGGCGCCUCACCGUCAUGUUCGACCUGUCGGACGCAGGCCUCGGCUGCCUCGACAUGGACUUCGUGCGCUUCCUCGUCAGCUGCUUCCGCGUCUACUACCCCGACGCCGUGUCCAAGGUGGUGGUCUUCGACCUGCCGUGGCUCAUGACGGCGGCCUUCAGGGUGGUGCGGUCCUGGCUGGGCGCCGAGGCGGCGGCGCUGCUGAAGCUGGCGGGCCGCAGCGACGUGCGCGCCUACGUGGGCGCCGAGUACCUGCCGCCGCACAUGGGCGGCACCGAUGCCUUCCGCUACAGCUACCCGCCGCCGGGCCACAGCGACGGACCCGCGCGGGACAUCGCCGGCGACGGGGACAGCGACAGCGACAGCGCGGGCACCUGGGCGAGCGCCGCCAGCCGGGCGCCUGAGGACAGCGACAGUGCCGAACCCUCGACGGACGCGCCCGAGAGCGCCGACCCCACGGCGGGCGCGCCGCCAAGCCCCCCGAGCGUGUUCAGGGGGCCACUGCUGCACGUCAGUCCGGGGGACGAGCUGCACUUCGGGGGCUCGGGCCCCGCGGAGGACACGCUGAUCACGCUGACCAACGUGACCCAGAACACGGUGGCCUUCCGGGUGCGGCCCACAGCGCCUGAGAAGUUCCUUGUCCGGCCCAGCAGCAGUAGCUGCGCGCCCGGCGCCUCCGUAGCCGUGGCCGUGUCCCCGCGCGGGGUGCUCACGGCCUCUGCCCACGAUCGCGUCCUCGUCACGGCCGCGGAGAUGGACCGGCCCUGCAGCACCGGCGCGCCGCCGCUGGGCCAGUUCUGGAAGGAGGUGCCGAGGAGCAAAGUGAUGGAGCACCGGCUGCGUUGCCACGUGACCGGGAGCCCCGGGCCUGGUGCGCCCCUGCCGCGGGAGCACCCCCGGAGUGCAGCCCCGCAGCCCUCCGCGGACAUGGCGCUGCAGCUCCGCCUCGUGCUGGAGAGCCACCUGCAGCUGCAGGGCCAGGUCCAGCGCUGCCUCUGGCUGCAGCAGCUGGGGCUCUCCGUGACCGUGCUCUCGCUUGCCUUCAUCAUCUCCUUCUUCUACCUGUUGUACAGUUAA